UAUUUUUGUCCCGGCUAUUUAAAGAGACACCUGUAGCAAACACUACACGUUAGAGCUGGAGGUCAAGGGUUAAGGGAAGUAACUGCCGUUGUUGAUGUGUCCUGGUACAGCAUGUAUAGAAAACAAGUGGUGAAAUAUGUUAUAGGAGGAGUUAUGUCCCUGCUGUUGGCCGCGGUUGUCGUUCUUUUGGUGGUUUUCUUCACACAGUCGCCUGACGCAUCAGCCAGCCAACCAGUCAAGGGUAAUCACUUCUACCGACAGGCAGCAAUAGCGGCGGAUUCGGCUCAAUGCUCAACCAUUGGGAAGGAUAUCCUGCUGAAGGGAGGUAAUGCUGUAGACGCCGCUAUAGCAGCUCUACUGUGUAAUGGACUCGCCUGUACCCAGUCUAUGGGCAUUGGUGGAGGUUUCUUUAUGACCAUCUACAACAGGACCACAGGGGUGCCAACAGUGAUAGAUGCCAGAGAAACUGCCCCGGGGAGGGCAACAGCCGACAUGUAUGCUGGGAGACCUGAGGCGUCACUCACAGGUGGGCUCAGUAUAGCCGUCCCAGGUGAAAUCAAAGGCUACUGGUACGCACAUCAAAAGUAUGGUAGGCUGCCGUGGUCAGAUUUGUUUCAACCCGCAAUCAAGAUGGCCGCUGAGGGAUUUCCUGUAACACCUUCUUUGGGCAAAAUUAUCACAAGUUUCAAUACAAUGAUAUUACAAGAGGCAUCUUUAAGGGAAGUUUUCUUGAACAAUCAAACUGGAGAGUUAUUUAAAGAAGGGGAGAUAAUGACGAGACCAAAGCUGGCUAAUACACUCCGAGUUAUCUCCCGUGAAGGGAUGACAGCUUUUUAUAAUGGAUCUUUGACGGAUGACAUUCUACAAGAUUUACAGGACAUAGGGGCAAUAAUCAGCCGCGAGGACUUGUUCAACUACACUGUGCGCGAGACGUCACCAACGGAGGUAACUCUAAAUGAUGGAAUUAGGGUGCUGUCCCCUGGCACACCCAGUGGAGGACCUGUGUUGGCAUUUAUUCUGAAUAUACUGAAUGGCUACUAUUUUAAACCUAAAGACGUUGACACCGAAGAGAAGCGAGCCCUAACCUAUCACAGAAUGGUUGAAGCGUUUAAGUUUGCUUACGCCAAACGUACGGCACUUGGGGAUGGAAGUUUUGUCGAUGUAGCGGAGCUCUUACACAACAUGUCAUCAAAAGACUACGCCGACAGCAUCCGUAGGCAGAUCUCCGACACCAAGACGUUUGACUACGUGCACUACGGGCCUACGUUCUACAGCCCCAGCACAGGGGGCACCUCACACAUAUCUGUUGUAGAUGGUGAUGGUAGUGCUGUGUCGGUUACAAGCACCAUCAACGGCAGCUUCGGGUCUAAGCGUCGCGGCAUGAGAACUGGUAUAAUCUUUAACAACGAGAUGGACGACUUCAGCUCUCCCAACAUCACCAACCUGUUUGGGUUCCAGCCCUCCCCUGCUAAUUUCAUCGCCCCCGGCAAGCGGCCCCUGUCCUCCAUGUCUCCGUCUAUCUUUGUAGAGCGAGACGGUCAGGUUACCAUGGUGAUUGGCGCUUCCGGUGGGUCCAGGAUUACAACAUCCACAGCCUGGGUGGCAGCACACUCGCUUUGGCUAGGUGACAGUAUUAAAGACGCUAUUUUUAGACCACGUCUCCACCAUCAGCUUGUGCCCGAUCAACUCGAACACGAACUUGGAUUUCAGCAAAACGUGGUGACGUACCUGAGAGAGUUAGGCCACACCAUGAAGGAGUUACUCACCCCGAAGUCGGCCGUGCAGGGCAUCCGCGUCAUAGACGGUGCCAUCUUUGCUGAAAGUGACCACAGGAAGGGCGGGGUACCAGACGGCUACUGAUGCCACCCGGCACGUGCAAGCGAUGACCUGCAGACGACGUCUGAUCUAGAACCUGAGAGUUUAAAACUAGUCAGUGUAUUGUACUAUAAAGUGGUAGGAUUGUGAUCUACAACUUGUGGUUAUAUUAAAAUGUAUUAACAUUCUGUGUACAUAA